CAAUCUUCCAUCGGAGAUUGUUCCCGCCACUUUGAAGAAGUCGGCAAGGCCCACUGGUCGGCCCAUGGGCGGCCCACCCGACGAUCGCCCACGUGGCCCACCACGGUUUGAAGGUGACAGGCCGAGGUUUGGUGACCGGGAUGGAUACCGUGGGGGUCCUCGAGGGGGCCCUCCCGGUGAGUUUGGUGGCGAAAAGGGUGGUGCUCCGGCCGACUUUCAGCCUUCUUUUAGGGGAGCUGGAAGGGGUGGCUUUGGGUGUGGAGCUGGAGGUUACGGUGCGGCGCCUCCCAGUUCAAGCUUUUCUUGAUUGUAAUGUUUUAGCGAAUUAAAUUCAAUCCUUAGAACUUACAUGGUGCGAUUGCGCAG